UCUUGGGGACAAUUUGAGGGUUUUAGGGUUCUUGUUCCUUGGCUAGUCCGAUGGAGCGGAUUCAGGAUCUUCUCGUUGCUGGGGGCUACUUCCGGGCGCAGAUUUCGAAUCUCUCGCCCUUUGACAAGCUUACGGGAGGCCUGGCGUGGUGCAUUGCCGCCAGCAAUGUGGACGUCGACUACGAUCAUCUAGACUACAGCGAUGAUCUCAUUCUUGGAGAGAAAAUAAAGAUUGGAGAGGCGAUCGAGUCGGCUCUCCAGAGAAUGGGGUGUCCCUAUCCUCUUCAAGCGCAUCAAAUCCAGGGGUUGGAUUAUCCGGCUGUGUUGCCAGUCGUUCAAUGGCUUGUCAAGCGAGUUCUAGACACUCGCAAUGAAAUUGGAGACCUGCUCCGGAGAUACUCUCAUUUCCAGUUCAGUAAGAACUAUGAGCUGCCGAUACAACAUCGAUCGAAAGACUAUAACGACACUAUACGAGCGCAUGCUGAAGAUCCUCAGUCGGGACACUUGCAACACAUUUCUCGACAAUCCAGGAAUUUGCAGUUGUUCUUCGACAGAAAUAUACGCGCGGAGUACACAGUCCUUAAAUACGGGUCGAAGAGUGCUCAAUCUGAAGCAGUCUCUAAGCAAUGGAAAUCGAUUGAAGCUUCUGAAAGCAAGUUCGAUGGCGAAGUACACAAUGACCCUUAUGACCAAAAGAUUGACGAAUUGAGAAACAAGCUCGAACGAAGCAAAGAAAGGCUCUCGGUUUUUGUUCAUGGCAGCAAGAAAGCUUCUUUGUUAGAUAAGCGGGAUCAUAUCGACGAGCAGACUAGAGCAAAGGAAAGCGUUCUAUCGGAAAUAGCUAAGCUGCGGAUGUCUUCUGAUGUUUCGAAGGAUCAAGACACACUGGACAACGUCAUAGGAGCAUUGAAGUUGUUGACGCUUCUGGAAAGAGAGAAGGUCGCGUUUGUGGAAGCGUCUAGAGACGAUCGAAACAGAAUGGAGAGGCAACUAAACAGCCUGAAAGAGUCACUUUCGACGGCCGGGGAGAAUAUCCUUGAGAAAAAGACAUGUCUUAGGAAAGAACUCGCAAAACUAAGUCGUGAUGUUGUUGUUCUUAAACGUCGCGUGGAUGAUGUUCCUACACAAUUGGAACUUAUACAAUACGAACGAUGUUUUAUGGAGCUCUACGUGAACAUUCAGGCCAAGCUACGCGAGACUCGGAAGUAUUAUGCGUCCUACAAUGCUCUUGUUGAAGCGAAUGAGUUAUCACUGAAGGAAAUAUCUCUACUGAACUCGAUAAAUGACCAGUACGAGAAGGCGAUGGCAACAAGCGAGGGUCGUCCCAGAUUUGUUGAAUCCAUGCAAGAGAUAUCGAAAGGGGCACAACGGAAGCUUCAAAAGAUGGAGAACCGCUGCUCCGAGAAGAAGACCACGUAUGACAGUCUGAAAACAAAACACGGAGCUGCAGUUGCAAAACGACGUCAAUACUACGCACUUUUGAAGCAACUUCAGGAAGAGUUUACCCGGAAUGAGAAGCUAAAGACUCAAUGACAUCAGAUGCUCUUCGUGCAACAACCAAAAACGUGUGUACAUCGGAGUCUAGCUAUGGAGGAGAAGAAGCAGCGACCACACUUGCUAGCA